AUGGCUGAGCGCCGCCCUCCGCCACCUCCACCGCAUAUCCGGCUAGCACCUGGUCCCGCAGAGUCUCAGCCCUCACCGCCGCCGAUUCGUCUUCAUGUUGACUUAGACUCUCAGUCCAGAAGUAGCUAUGAGGACUCGUCAACUAACGAGGAGGAAGAGGAUGAGCAGCCGAGAUGGAGGAGAUCAUCGGAAAGGCAGCCGGUGGCGGCGGCAGGCGCCGUGGGGAGGACCUCUCGCCGUAGCUCUGCGAUGGAACUCGGAGGACAUACCACUACUUCCGGACCCGAGCCCGGAUCUGGACCCGGACCUGAAUCAACUUCACCGAAGCUAUCCUGGUUUCGUAGCGCUAUCAAAAACUUUACUUCACAAUGGUUCCUCGUGCCACAAGGAGCUGGCAUCACCUCGAUAGUUCUUUACCAGUUUGAAGAACGCUUCGAUGGCCUUGAUGUUGUCUCGUAUAUAUUCUGGGCUCUAACAAUCAUCUGUCUCAUCACAUUUAUCCUAAUUUAUACCCUUCGCGUGGUAAUGUUUCCACGACAUGUCGGCAAGCUGCUCGUAAGCAACCCGGGCGAGCUUGCGUGCAUUUCCAGCGCAUCCAUCUCCUUCACCUCGGUCAACCAGAUGCUUUCACUCGUAAACCCCAGUGGGGGUCCUAGGUGGGCUUCCGUGACGGCUGGGUUCUGGUGGUUCAACGUGAGUCUGGCCAUCGGCUCUACACUCUUCAUACCGUACGCCUUUACGCGCAUUCAGCACUCCCCGUCGUCCCCCGGGGUGGCAAAACUCUCUCCCGCGACGCAGCUGCCCAUGAUCGCCGCCAUCACCCUCGCGGCCGGCGGCGGCGUCGUCUCGUCCGGCACCGGACAGCCCGCUCACGCCCAGACCCCAAUCAUCUUUGUCUCGUAUCUCUCGCUCGCCAUGGCCCUCCCGCUCAUCAUGGCCUUUACCACAAUCUAUAUCGUCCGCCUGCUCGACGGCUCCAUGCCCGAGCGGAACAAGGUCUACCAGGACAUGAUCCUGGCGGGUCCCUGGGGUCAGGCCAGCUUCGCGAUGCAGGUCCUCGGUCGCGCGCUGGUCAACAAUGCGCCCGGGAUCGCCGCCCAGAUCGCCGGCGACCUGGUCACGGAGGACUCCAUCAGGAUCUUGGGGUACAGCAGCAUGUUCAUCGGGUUCUUCAGCUGGGGCCACGCGACUUUCUGGUGGGCGUUUGCCAUCUUGAGCGUGGUGCAGAGUCAGAUCGAGGCCUGGGGCAUGAGGAAGAGGAGGUGGCUCUCGGGCGACGUCGAGGAGGACAAGGAGACGUAUACGUUGACCGUGUGGGCCUUGGUAUUUCCAUGGGGAACAUAUACCAAUGCUGCCAUACAACUUGGAAAGAUACUAGGCUCACCCGCCUUUAGAAUCUUUUCCACAAUCCUUACCUUCUGCCUCUUUAUAAUUACUCUUAUCAACCUCAUGUUCACCGUAUGGGGCCUCUGGAACGGAAGCUUGUUGGGCACCAAGCAGAAACCCAAAGAAUCCGGAGGCAGCAAGAUGCCGGCGACGUACAUAUGA